CUCCGCCUCCCCUUUCCCCCCGCCAGGGUUUCGCCGUGGAGCCACAUAAAUAGAGGUGCCGGGCGGGUUGCGGGGCAAGAGCGGGGACGCUUCCCAAGGUCCUGCAUCGCAUCCCAGCGCCCGUCCCGCCUGCCCGGCCACCCUGCAGAAUCAUGGCCCUCACCAGCGCCCUGCGCCUGUCGCUCGCCUGCCUCCUGCUCUGCAGCGCGGCCCCAAAACCCACCUGUGACCCCAGCGCCUGCGCCCCGUGCCCCGAGGAGGACCCGGAGGGGACAGCCACCCCCACUGCUGCUGGCUGCUGUCCCCCGUGCCCCCCGCCCUGCGCCUGCCCGCCCUACCUGGAGAGCGACUGCGAGAUGCAAGGCUUCGCCAGCGGCCGCGUCCCCGCCGGCCGCUCCUUCUACAUCGACUUCGCCCGCAAGCUGUGCACCUGCCACCCGGCUGGGGACAUCACCUGCGCCCCGCUGUGCCCGCCCCUGUCCCCCGCCUGCCGCGCCGUGGGCAGCCCGGUGGCCGACGGCUGUCCCCGCUGCGUCUGCUACGACCAGGAGGAGGUGGCAGUGCCCGCCGGCACCGUCACCGCCCGCGGCUCCCAAAUCUGCACCUGCCCUGUCCACGGAGGGCAGCUGCGGUGCAGAGCUCCGGGAAGUGAGGAGUGAAGCUCUCUCCUCCCUGCUGGCUGAGGGCAGGGGAGCCCCUCUGGCUUCCUGCACCGUGGGGCAUCCUCGCUGAGAAGCUUUCAAAGUGUCCUGGAGGACUUGGGGGUUGUUAGGGCCGUGCCAUGGAGCGCUGGGGAGAUGCCACGUUCUCUGCCAUUUCUAGGCCAGGGCAGAGAGUCUGUAGGGGGUGAGCUUGCUUGGUUGUGAGGUUUGUUCCACAGGGCUUAGGCUGACUGCUGCUGGCAUGUAACUGGGGCAAACGCAGCUGUUUAUUUAUUUGGAAGAUGAUUCUGCUUUUGUAUGUGUUUGUGUUUAUAUAGGCUGUUUGUAUUAAACUCGCUGGAUAAACUUC